CAUCCGGCCCAAUAAUCAACCCCCGGCCCAAACCCACCAUACCCUAAAAACAAACCUACAGCAAUUAUAUAAAACCCUAAUCCCCAAAUCACUCCGCCUCCAUUCACAACUUCAGCCAUGUCGAAGCGAGGUCGCGGAGGUUCCGCAGGGAACAAGUUUCGGAUGUCGUUAGGUCUGCCGGUGGCUGCAACAGUGAACUGCGCCGACAAUACAGGUGCGAAGAACCUGUACAUCAUCUCCGUCAAGGGGAUCAAGGGACGGCUUAACCGGCUUCCGUCGGCUUGUGUUGGAGAUAUGGUUAUGGCAACUGUUAAGAAGGGGAAACCGGAUCUUAGGAAGAAGGUUAUGCCCGCUGUUAUUGUCAGGCAGCGUAAGCCGUGGCGCCGAAAGGAUGGUGUCUUCAUGUAUUUUGAAGACAAUGCUGGAGUUAUUGUCAAUCCUAAGGGAGAAAUGAAAGGAUCUGCAAUUACUGGACCAAUUGGAAAGGAAUGUGCUGAUCUAUGGCCUAGAAUUGCAAGUGCUGCCAAUGCAAUUGUUUAAGACUGGUCUGGAUUUUUGUGUUUGUUUACCGGUGUAGUAUCUGUUUUGUUUUGACUGCAUAUUUUUAAAUUUCAGUGGUGUUGAGAAUUUUGCUAGAAGUGAACUGUGUUUUUGGUUUUUGGUGCAAUGAAGUUAAAAUUCUAUAUGUUCAA